AUGGAUGCUCUUCAGCUCCUCACUCUCUUGGUUCUUAUUCAGCCAGCCUUCCAGGUAUCAGAGAGUGACAGUUUUCUGAUAUAUAAUGAAAACCUCAAGCUUUGUAUGCAACUUCAAGAAUCUAGUUCCACCAUCAUCCUGGACUACUGUAAUACAGAUAAUGAACGACAACAUUUUAAGUGGGUUUCUGAUAACCACAUAUUGAACAUGGCCGUGAAGCAAUGCCUAGCAGUGCCUUCGAAAACAAACCAGGUUCCAGUCACAGUCUCCUCCUGUAACAGGACCAUUGGACUUCAGAAAUGGGAAUGCAAAAAUAACAACCUUCUAGCACUCGAAGAAGAAGAUCUAUUUUUACAUCCUGAAGGUCAACGUAAGGGCAAAGUGAUAGUGUCUCAAUCAUCCACAAUAAAGAGUGCCUGGAAGAUCUAUGGAACAAAAGAUGCUUUAUGCUCUAAAGGCUACGAAGAUCUGUUUACCAUAGAGGGCAAUGCCUUUGGAGCCCCCUGUGUAUUCCCAUUCAAGUAUUUGAAUAAGUGGCAUGCUAAGUGCUUACCAGAUGGUGAUGAUCAUAGACAACUUUGGUGUGGAACAACUGAAGAUGUAGAUAGAGACUCUUCAGUUGGAUAUUGCCCAUUAAAAGAUAGCCAUAAUGAACUCUUCUGGACCAAAAAUCAUUGGACAGGUGAUCUCUACCAGAUCAACACCCAGUCAGCUCUUACAUGGUAUCCCAGAGCAAGCUGUCAGCAACAGAAUGCAGAAUUAUUGAGUAUCGGAGAACUACAUGAACAAACAUAUCUGGCAGGACUAACCGGCAAUUCAUAUACUAUGUACUGGAUUGGUCUUAACAGUUUGGAUUUUGACAGUGGCUGGCAGUGGAUUGACAACCACCCUUUACGAUAUAUAAACUGGGCUCCAGGUCACCCAUCUUCAGAAACAGAAAAAACUUGUGGAUUAAUGGUGGCUCAGAAUGGGAAAUGGAUGAAUGAAAAGUGUCUUCAGAAACUUGGAUACAUUUGCAAAAGAGCAAACUCUUCAUUAGACACUCCUGUACUUCCUCCAGAUGAUGAUAAGCCUAUUAAAUGUCAAGAUGGCUGGGUUGCAUAUGCGGGCCAUUGUUACCGUCUGAACAGAGACCUCAAGACAUGGAAACGUGCGUUAUUAUCCUGUCAAAAGGAUGAUGGGAAUUUAAUAAGUAUACACAACGUUGAAGAAUACAGCUUUGUCAUUUCUCAGCUUGGCUACAAACCAACAGAAGAUGUACUGUGGCUAGGACUGAAUGACCAGAAGACCCAGAUGUAUUUUGAAUGGAGUGAUGGGAGUCCAGUGAGCUUUACUAAGUGGCAGCGAGGAGAACCUACACACAUAAAUAAUAUUCAACAAGACUGUGUCAUCAUGAGAGGGGAGAAUGGAGAUUGGGCAGAUUAUUUUUGUGAAGAGGAACAUGGUUACAUCUGCAAAAAAGAACGUUUGGCAUUUCUUCCCAACGAAGCUGAAGUUACUGAUCCAAAAUGUCACAAAGGCUGGAAAAGGCAUGGUUUAUAUUGUUACUUCGUUGAACAGACACCUGUAACAUUUUCAGAAGCAAUUAGCGUGUGUGAAGCAAAAAAGGGAUUUUUGGCUUCCGUGGAAGACAGAUAUGAACAGGCCUACCUAACUAGCCUAAUUGGGCUGCGUUCUGAAAAAUAUUUCUGGAUUGGACUUUCAGAUGUAGGGCAACCAGGGGCAUUUAACUGGACCAGUGGAGACAGUGUUGUAUUCACCCACUGGAAUUCAGAAAUGCCUGGGCAACAGCCUGGCUGUGUUGCUAUGAGAACUGGAACUGCAGCUGGAUUGUGGGAUGUUGUGAGCUGUGAGGAGAAGGCAGCUUUCCUCUGCAAACAGUGGGCAGAAGGUGUGACGCCUCCUCCUGCCCCUGUAACUACUCGCCCACCCCCAUGCCCAGGAGGAUGGACUCCAAGCCCAACGAGGAACGUAUGCUUCAAAGGCUAUAUGGAAGUGCAAAAGCAUAAGAAAACUUGGUUUGAAGCACAAGAUUUUUGUAGAGAAAUUGGAGGCGACCUGGCUUCUAUUCAUAGUAAUGAAGAGAACAAUUUAGCAGAGGAAUGGGGAAAUAGAAAAAAUGCCUGGAUUGGUUUAAAUUCUCUGGAUCCCACCAAAGGAAGGAUAUGGAAUGAUGGGUCACCUGUAGAUUACGAACAUCUGUUCCGUGUGCCCUUAAAACCAGAACCAAACAAUACUUUUGGAUAUUCUUUCAAAGAAAUUGAAGAUGGCUGGAUUGUAUAUGAGAACAAUGAGUACUACUUCAGUAAUGCAACACUUCCUGCAGAAAAAUCUCGGGCAUUCUGCAAGAAGCAUGGUGGAGAUCUUACUGUCAUUGACGGUGAAAGUGAAAGAAAGUUUUUGCAUAGAUAUAGCAUCUUUUAUAGAACUUCUAUGCAGGACCCUUAUAUUGGUUUGAUUUUGGGACUUGAUAGAAAGUUUGGCUGGAUGGAUGGCACUCCAGUGACCUAUGAAGCCUGGGCCCCUGAUGAACCCAACUUUGCAAAUGAUGAUGAAAACUGUGUGGUUAUGUACCUCAGUACAGGCUUAUGGAAUGAUGUAAAUUGUGGUACUGAGACGUGCUUCAUCUGUGAAAGGCAUAACAGCUCUGUCCGUCCUACUGUUGCUCCCACAUCACCUGCACCUCAGGGAGGUUGCACUGAAGGUUGGCUUUUGUUUGAUAACAAGUGCUUCCAGAUAUUUGGUUUUAAUGAAAAUGAGAGGAAAAACUGGACUGAAGCUCGUGCGGAUUGCAGAAGUCGAGGAGGAAACCUGGCUAGUAUACCAAGCAAGCCUGUUCAAGCUUUCCUCACCAUGUACUUAAAAGGUGCUCCAACUGAUACCUGGAUUGGACUGAGUGAUGCUAACUGGGAAAAUCGAUUCUAUUGGACAGAUGGAAGUGGUGUCUACUAUACAAACUGGGCCAAAGGUUUUCCGAAUUAUAACGGUGACUGUGUUUUUAUGAUGACAACACCUGAAAGACAGGCAGGAAAUUGGAGAGAUGGCAAAUGUGUUGCUAAAAAAAGCUAUAUCUGCCAAAGAAACAGUGAUAUUGCAUCCUCUCACUCGGAACCAACGAUUCCAGCCUCUGGCUAUAUCCUUUACGGAAACAGCAGCUAUUCUCUCGUUAGCCCCAAUAUGACAUGGGAAGAAGCAAGAAAAAAAUGUAAAUCUGAAAAUGCAGAGCUUGCCAGCAUUUUAACUCCCUACAUCCAAUCCUUCCUAUGGCUACAGGUGUUAAAAUACGGGGAGCCUGUGUGGAUUGGUCUAAAUAGCAACAUGACCAACGAGGCUUACAAGUGGGUGAGUAACUGGAGACUGGUGUAUACUCAUUGGGCCGCUGAAGAGCCAAAACAGAAAAUUGCCUGUGUUUACUUAGGCCUUGAUGGUCACUGGAAAACAGGAUCUUGCAAUGAAAAGCACUUCUCUGUCUGCGAGAAGUAUCAGGGUAUAGUCCCAACUGAGACUCCACAGCAUCCAGGAAAAUGCCCCUCAUUAAAACAAAACCAGGUACCUUGGAUUCCUUUUCGGUCUCAUUGCUAUGCCAUCUACCCUGUCUGGGAAUCCUGGUCUAGAGCAUCCACGAAAUGUACUCAGUUAGGUGCCACCUUAACUUCAGUAGAAGAUUUAACUGAACAGAGAUUUUUGACGGAACACAUUGAAGAACUCAGCCAUAAGGAGUUUUGGAUAGGAAUGUUCAAAAAUACAGACGGAGAAUGGAUAUGGCAAGAUAACACCGAAGUGGAUUUUGUCAACUGGGAAGGGGGACAGCUCCAUGAUGAUGAAUUUCCAUAUGAAACUGAAUUUAGUUUUCAUGACCAAUGCAUUUUCAUGAAUGGAGAUACUGGGGAGUGGUCCAAAUCCCACUGCAGUUAUUUCCACAAGGGAUUUAUUUGCAAAACACCCAAAAUUAUUGAAGUGUCUGCAACUACAAACCCUACAAAACAUGACGCAAACAAAGGGAUUGUUGCAUCUACACAGGGCAAAACGGUGACGGCUGUUUUACUGGUUAUCUUCAUCCUCGCUGGUGCAGCGGUCACAGCCUAUAUUUUCUACAGACGACGUAGCAGACGACCACAAACCACUACUAAUUUUCACAACUCUUUGUAUUGUGACAAUGCGAUUAUUCUUAAGAAUGACUCGUUAUCUGUUGCGGACAACAAAACGGAAAAUUAACGAAGUUUGACUGGAUUCCUACCCACAAUUACCUGAGACUAUAUCCUAUUGAACUCAGUCGGAUUUACUUCUGAAUAGAGAGGUGUAAGAUUGCAAAGU